AUGUUGUCCAACCUUAUCCAUCUGCCCCACCCGCAGUUUACCAAGUUGAUAUCCAACAACAACAUCAACAAUAUAUUCCAGAACAAUAUUGGUAAUCCAAACUCAAAACUUGAACAAAAGAUAUUGAGAAAGAUUGCCAAGUUGGAGAGGAAACAUCAAGAUCUUUGUGGUCAUCCAGAGUGCAAGGCCAACAAGUGUCAUGAGAGUAGAUUGGCAAGGGAGCUGGAGAAGAAGCAAAUGAAGAUUGAGAGAUGGAUCCAGAGGAAGGAUGCCAGAAUGGAGAAGAUCAGAUCAAAGCUUGCCGUCAAAAUGCCAGCCCUCGCAGCAGAGCUGGACAAGAAGAGGUCAUUCUUGAGAUCGUUGGGUGAGAGGAAGUCCAGUACCAACCAGAUUGACAAUGCAGAGGAUAGUAUACAGCAGAGAUGUGCAGAGGAAGAGAUGGUCGAGAUGGGCAAGAUCAAGGUCAAGAGAUUGAGUUGGAGAAAGGAGAUCAACGCCAUUCUCAAGCAACAUCAACCAGGUGACAUCAUCCCAAGAGACAGUCUGAAGCAACAGAUUGUUAAUAUCCAGGUUGCCAAAGUACAAGAAUCAAUCCAACAACAAUUUGACAAAAAGAUUAUUAAGGAUACUGAUCGUUAUGUUGUAUUGGAGAACGGUGAUAUCCAGGUUUUGGCAAGAUCCUAA